AUGACUGAAACAACUCGGAAAAUCGUUGUUGUUGGAGAUGGAAUGGUUGGAAAAACUGCUUUAUUGUCAGCAUUUGUAAAUGGUGCAUUUCAGGACUGCUAUAUCCCAACAGUAUUUGAAACAUCAGCUAAAGAAGUUGAUUUGCCAGAUGGUCGUCAUUUAACUUUGGGUUUGUGGGAUACGGGGGGUCAAGAGGAAUUUGAUCAAAUUCGGCAGCUUGCAUAUCCUGGUGCAAGUUUAAUUAUGCUUUGUUACGCAGUUGAUUGUCCAACUAGUUUGGAAAAUAUUGUGCACACGUGGCUAGAUGAAGUUAAAUGCUACUGUCCACAAAUACCACUUAUACUGGUCGGAUGUAAAGCUGAUAAACGUGUGGUCAUUGCACCAGGAAAAUCUAAUAAUUUAACUAUUAAUGCAUCACAGACAGCUUUGAUCGAUCCAAAUGACAUUGAAAAGGUUAGUAAACAAAUAGGUGCACAAAUUGUUAUCGAAUGUUCUGCUUUGACAAGAUCCAAUGUAAAUAGUUUGUUUGAAUUAGCCGCACGAAUUAUACUAGAUGUAGAAAGAGAAAAUACUCGAGCAUCGAAAUUCUAUAACAUACUUCCAAUCCAUAGAAAGAAAUCAAUUUCAAACGGUGCAGUAACUGGGAACUCAGUUAUUACACGUCGAAGCUCUGGGCUGAAACGACGUAUUUCCAGUUCAAACUAUUUUUGUUUUCUAAGAAGACGGUGA